AUGCACUUGCUUGGACCUUUCAAAGGCGCGCUUGCUUUGCUGUCGUUAUCAAACCUGGUGGGCGCCAUCGACUUGGACGUCAGCAACGAACAGUCACUCAAAGAUGCCGCGAGUACCUCGACUUACGCUAUGAUGAAAUACUAUUACGGCAACGAAACUGGGCAGAUACCUGGAGCCUUUCCGGACAAGUGGUGGGAGGGUUCGGCCCUGUUUCUUGCGCUCCUGGAAUAUUGGCAUUUCACGGGAGAUACGACAUACAAUGAGGAGUUGAGCAUUGGACUGCAGUGGCAAUCGGGCGACGAUGGUGACUAUAUGCCAAGUAACUAUAGCUCUUAUCUUGGAAAUGAUGAUCAGAUGUUUUGGGGCCUUGCAGCCAUGACUGCGGUGGAGUAUGGAUUUCCAGAUCGCUCGUCUGGGUUCUCAUGGCUCUCUUUGGCACAGGGUGUCUUCAACACCCAGAUUAAGAGAUGGGAUACAUCUUCAUGCGGGGGUGGCCUUCGGUGGCAAAUCUGGCCCUACCAGAAUGGCUACGGGAUGAAGAACUCUAUCUCCAACGGGGGACUGUUCCAGUUAUCUGCACGGCUAGCUCGUUACACUGGGAGUUCAAUUUACCUUGAGUGGGCCAACAAGAUUUGGGACUGGUCGGUCUCUUCGCCACUUCUUAGCAAUACAACCUGGAAUGUCGCCGACUCGACAAAUGUGGACAAUGACUGUGCCACCCAGGGGAAUGACCAGUGGACAUACAAUUAUGGAACUUAUUUGAUGGGUGCUGCCUAUAUGUAUAACUAUACGAAUGGAACCACUCAAUCCCAAUGGCUGACCGCUGUCGACGGUCUUUUAAAUGCAACACUCAAAAAUUUCUUUAUCACCGGGGGAAUCAUCGAAGAUUAUUACUGCGAACCGGCGGCAAAUUGCAAUGACAAUGAGAUUCUCUUCAAGGGCCUUACCUCCUCCUGGCUGGCGUUGACUGCGAUCCUUGUACCAUCAAGUUUCGACACUAUUAUCGCAAAGCUUCAAACCUCGGGUCAAGGCGCUGCGGCAUCAUGCACUGGUCACAACAAUGGCACAUGUGGCGUGCGUUGGUACAAAUCCCAAUAUGAUGGCUGGAUGGGAAUGGAGGAAGAGAUCAGUGCCACAAAUAUAUUCACUGCAAAUCUGGUCAACUUCAACAAAACCGGUCCUGUGACAUCAACGACAGGAGGAAAUAGUACCAGCAAUCCCACUGCGGGCGAAGAUGACAGUGAUUCGAACAGCGCAGAAACGACUACGAUUACAACAGGGGACAAAGCAGGGGCUGGUAUCCUGACUGCUGUCUUUGUGACCGGUUGGUUUGGAUUGAUGGCGUUCAUGGUACUGGGUGGUUAG